AACUUCACAAUAAUUGUGCCUCUGUGCACUUCAAAGUGUUUUGCACACCGAGGUGUAAUCUUAUCAUUUAUUUUAAAAUGUCAGUAUUUUUUUUCUUUCUUCUUGACCACAGGUGAACCCUGAUGUAAUGUUCUCGGGUGUCUUGCAUGACAUUCUUGAGAAAUUUAACACCUUUUGUUUUGACAUACCUGUGUUGCCGCUUAUUAUCUCAGUAUGACCACAAAUGGCCAAAAAGACACAGAACCAGCAAAGAGGCAGUAGAAAUCCCUCAGGUGCUGUCCCUGUCGCUGCCUCACUAUGUUGAUCCCGGAUCGGCCUUUUCAUACCCCCACAGCUACCACAGCCUGGGUCACUGUCUCCGCAGAAACAUAUUUCCAGGUCCUUCUUUCACAGGGAAAUCCCACACCAGGGACUCCUACAUCAGCCCCCCUCUGACUGCUUGGCCUGCCGACCCCCAUCUCUGGUACGGCCAUAAGACUGAUGAAAUGGUCCAGUGGACAGAGAGAAAUAUCAUGAACCAGAAACUCAACAAGAUGCUGAAGCAAAUGGAAAGAAAUGGCACCACAAAAUGAGGUCCUGCGAGACCACAACACACAUUACGCCCUCUUCAUUCACACCUCGGGUUCCUUUGGAAAUGCAAAAAUAAAGUGUGAUUUGCAACCAUA